AGGAUUGAGUUAAAAUUCAAUGUCAGCAAUUGCGCCAGCCUCCACAGCAGAGUGAACUAGAAUAUAUGGAUAGCUCAGAGAUAAAGUCACCAGAAGGUCCCUUGCAAGGGACACCAAUGAAUAGAAAGAAGCUUGGGAUUUACUUCAUCGAGUCUGAGGAUAGAAGAAUGGCCUUAGGACGUGGGUACACAGCAGGAUCUACACCAGUUGAUAUCCAUGGCAAAUCCAUUGUUGAUCUUUCUAAGACUGGUGGUUGGAUUGCUGCAUUCUUUAUAUUUGGAAAUGAGAUGGCAGAAAGAAUGGCAUAUUUUGGGCUUUCGGUUAACAUGGUGGCAUUUAUGUUUUAUGUGAUGCAUAGACCCUUUACAAGUUCAUCCAACGCAGUCAACAAUUUCUUAGGGAUAUCUCAAGCUUCCUCUGUGCUCGGUGGAUUUCUAGCUGAUGCAUAUCUUGGACGCUACUGGACAAUUGCUAUCUUCACUACAAUCUAUCUUGUGGGUUUAACAGGAAUAACAUUAUGUGCAACAAUAAGCACUUUUGUACCAAACCAACAAGAGUGUGACCAACUAUCUCUGCUUUUGGGGCACUGUGAAGAAGCAAAACCGUGGCAGAUGACAUAUCUGUAUACAGUUCUAUACAUAACAGCGUUUGGAGCUGCAGGAAUAAGGCCAUGCGUGUCAUCUUUUGGAGCAGACCAAUUUGAUGAGAGAAGCAAAAACUACAAAGCACACCUUGAUAGAUUCUUCAACUUCUUCUAUCUGUCAGUGACAAUAGGGGCAAUUGUGGCAUUCACAGCAGUGGUAUACGUGCAAAUGAAAUAUGGGUGGGGAUCAGCAUUUGGGUCCCUAGCAAUUGCAAUGGGUUUAUCAAAUAUGGUGUUCUUCAUAGGGACUCCAUUGUAUAGGCAUAGGUUACCAGGUGGUAGCCCACUUACUCGAGUUGCUCAAGUGUUGGUUGCUGCAUUUCGAAAGAGAAAUGUCCCUUUUCAAAGCAGUGAUUUCGUAGGUUUGUACGAGGUUCCUGGUAGACAGUCUGCUAUCAAGGGCAGUCGAAAAAUUCCUCACACUCAUGAUUUCAGGUUUCUUGACAAGGCAGCACUGCAACUAAAAGAAGAUGGAGCAAAUCCAAGUCCAUGGAGACUCUGUACAGUGACUCAAGUAGAGGAAGUGAAGAUCCUUUUGAAACUCAUACCCGUACCAGCUUGCACAAUCAUGCUCAAUGUGAUCUUAACAGAGUUCCUCACUCUCUCAGUCCAGCAAGCAUACACUCUGAACACACAUUUGGGUCAUUUGAAACUCCCAGUUACAUGCAUGCCUGUGUUCCCAGGCCUAAGUGUUUUCCUCAUACUCUCUCUCUACUACUCCCUCUUUGUUCCUCUCUUCAGACGCAUCACGGGUCAUCCUCAUGGUGCAUCUCAACUUCAAAGGGUGGGAAUUGGGUUAGCAGUUUCUAUUCUAUCUGUUGCUUGGGCUGCAAUCUUUGAAAGGUACAGAAGAAACUAUGCAAUAAGUCAUGAAUAUGAGGCUACUUUCCUCACACCAAUGCCAAACUUGAGUGCUUAUUGGCUUUUGAUUCAGUACUGUCUCAUUGGUGUAGCUGAAGUGUUUUGCAUUGUGGGCUUGUUGGAGUUCCUUUAUGAGGAAGCCCCUGAUGCCAUGAAGAGCAUAGGGUCUGCUUAUGCUGCUCUUGCUGGUGGCUUAGGUUGUUUUGUGGCCACUAUUUUAAAUAGUAUCAUCAAAUCUGCCACUGGGAACCCAGAUCAAGCCAAACAAUCUUGGUUGUCCCAAAACAUCAACACUGGAAGGUUUGAUUAUUUUUACUGGCUUCUCACUGCUUUGAGCUUGCUCAAUUUUGCCAUCUUCUUGUAUUCAGCACAUAGGUACAAAUACAGGACACAACAAGUUCAUGAGAUGGAGAAACAUGAUAUGGCAUUGGCUUACAAUGGCAGCUCCACAACUGCCCCAAGCUAUAGCUGAAUAUGAAUUGAUACCAAAAGAAGACUGGGUUCUCCUAAUUGUUUAUUGUCUUCUUAUUUAAGUAAUUUUUUUAAAAUUACCUUUUUCUUCUUACAAUCAUAAAAAUUUCUUAAACAAGAAUAACAAUAAAUCAUAGGUUAGACACUUUAGAAUAGAAAGUAUGGUCUUUAUUCUGUUAAAUAAUUUGUAAUACUUGUUAUAUGUGCGUGAUCAAAAAUUACAAUCAAGGUUCAAGGAUUUCAAAGUUAAGUCG